GUCCCUUGUCAACAUCUCGUCUCCGCCAACCCCCCCUAUCCCUCAACAAUGUCUGAAAGGUUGGGGCCCGACGUCGCAGCAACAAUUGCCAGCGCUGCUUUGGCGGUAGCUGCGGAAUCGAAAACACCCCCCGAAUCCGCCGUUUCCGUUUCUCAGAAGAGGAAGUCACCUCCUCCCGACACCCCCGAAAACACACGCAACCGAUCACUGGUGAUCCUGUCAUUCUGGGUUGUGGUCAUAACGGUGGGAUUGCCGUUAUGGUGGGUCACGACGGCGAUAUACCGUGCGCCGCUGCCGCUGAACGAGAUGCAGAGCUGGGCUGAUGGGAGAGUAGGUGUUUCUUGCUUGUUACCUUCGGCCUCCUGUUUUUUUCUUCUUUCUUUUUUCUUUCGUUUCCUGCUGACGGCUUCGAAGGCUUGCCGGGCGGAGUUUCCGUUACUUAUCGAUGUUGAAGCACCCACACUACCUGAUCCGGAGAAUCUAUUAAAGACGGUACAGCAUGCUCUUGACGACGCGAACGAUUUCUCUGCCCACCAUUUACGGCUACGGCUUUCUGCGAAUUCGUCCCAUGUUCACGAUGGGGGGGAGAGCGUUGCGGCGACUCUACGACUAUCUCAGGGUGCCGCGGGGUCUCCGCAUUCCUAUGUUUUGAGUCCUUCGUCCAGGAUCAUCGACUUGUUCUAUUCGCCAUCUUACAAUCCCACCAGUUUGUCGGCUUUCGUGGCUAGUGCACUCCAGGAGAUCUUUGCGGAGGAACAGCAGAUGAUUUCGUAUUUGCUGGCUUCGUCUGCCCCUGUGCCUUCGCCAUCGCCUUCUCCCGGGGGCGGAAACGGAGGGAAUGGAGUUAAAGUUGUCAGCAAAGUUAACACCGCCGAGAUCGCUAGGAAGAUGAGUCGGAUUGUCAAGUACUCGUCCAUGUACCACUUGACCUUUUCGCUGUUCACCGCUGCCGGAGCUCCAAGCAGCUGGGAGAUUGAAGAGGCGGUUUCCGAGUACCUGCAGCCGCUGCUCGAUGCUCUGGGUGGGAUCAGUGGGUUUACGGUGGACUCGCAGAUACAGUUCUAUGCCUCGUUGUCUUCUAGUGUUGUUCCGACUUGGGAGCCGCAUUCGGAGGAGGAGGGCGCCGGUGGGAGGUAUACCUUGAAGAAGGAGGACCUGAGCAGCUUUAUAAACAGUGCCGAAUGGCCAUUGGUUAGCAUUACGGGUUAUCCCACUAUAAACUUUAUCAUUUAUAUUCCGGCGGCCGAUCAAUCGCCGCUCAUCAUCCCCACAAGCUCAACCAACGCAUUCUUGUUACCACAAUGGGGUGGUGUUAUGAUUCACAAUCCGCCGGCCGAGUCUGAUGUUACACAUUUGACUAAGGAAGCACUCAAGCCGGCCUUGGAUAUUUUUGCGACACAGCUUCUUGCACUUCUCGGAGCCCCUACACAUCCUGCCUCGCUGCCUAUCCGCCUGGACUCCCUUACCCGUCAGCGCUCUGCCGAGCUGUUGGUUUCCGCUUCAUCUACCUUGGGAUCGCUGUACCGCCUAACUCUUGCCCUCCCAUCCAUCUCAAUCCCGUCAUCCGUGUCCACAUCUGUUUCAUCGACACUCUCCUCUCUCACCGCAGCUUGCCAGGAACUCCGCCGCGGCCGUUUCGGCGGCGCUCUGGAAGAAGGAAGGAAUGCCGAAGAACAGGCUGAGAAGGCCUUCUUUGAAAAAAGCAUGGUCGGCCAGGUAUACUUUCCCGAAGAACAUAAGGUGGCAGUGUACCUGCCAUUGAUGGGCCCAGUGGGAGCUCCGCUGGUCAUGGCUGCUCUGAAGGAGAUUUCGAGACUGGUCCGGGUCUGGAAGGCCAGCAAACUUGGGAAGUAAUUGGCUGCGCUAAAGGGGAAAUGGGUGAAUUUGCUGUGAACUAUGAUUUAUGGAGUUUCGGUUUUUCAUUAUUUCUUAUUCUUUUCUUCUUUUAAGACUCCUUGAUUGCGGUGCGCGCGGUAUCGUUUCUUGCUCUUGCCGGCGCGUUAUAUUUAUCUAGGGAAGGGCAUCAGUAGUGAAUCGGUAUCAUAGCGGGCAGGGUGGUCUAGGCUGCCGUAGGGUUUUUGUGUUCAACUCGACAGGUGUUAUCAUAGAAAUUGAAGAUCUAGACUACUGU